AUGACGGUCGAUGAGCUCAAGUCACCAAAGUCUGAGGUAAUUUGCUCUCUAUAUCAUGGCAAAGAGAGCCGACUCAUACAUGAAUACUACCUCCACUCAUUCUCUGAACAACUCAAGGAGAUCCAGAACAACAAUAUCAUUACAGUUGAAGGACAGGAGUUCAAGAUCACUUUAAACUCAUCCAUUGACUUAGCAGCGAUGGUAUUGGUCGCAGGAUUGUAUUCUGUUUACCUCUGUCCAACCUAUUGCUGUGUCUACUGCCUUGUCACCAAGGAAUCACUCUCUGUGUUUGACCCUACUAUCGACUUUGAGAGUCGCAAUAUGGAAGAUGCAGUGGAGCUGACCAAAGAGUUUGAUGUAUCCAUCGCACAAAGGAAGUACCAAAGGGAUCGCGCAAAGAUUAAUGGUGGACAAAUCAAUGCCCCUCUCAUACCCUCUGUUGGCUACACAAGACAAAUCCCUGACAAUCUACAUUUGAUUCCUGCCAACAUUAAGUUGUUCGCCCGCAGGCUGCUCAAGGAAGUGGACAAUUGCGAAUCAAUGCAUCUCACAGAGGCAAUAAUGGGGGUGCUGGUCAAUGACUUGAAGAUCUUCCUAAACAAAGUACCUCAUUACCUGGAUGAAUCUCCAUCAAGUCCCUUGAUGAACCUGUUUCAAGGUGCUCGCCCUACCUACACCCAGUGUUUACGGUUACUCUUUGAGAGAGAGAGACUGUUCAACAUGAUCAACGAGUGUCUAAACCUUGGUGAACCUGCUGCUGUCUCUGGUGAGGAUCAUGAUGAGCUCAGCCAGUUGCUUGAUGACAUUGGCCAAUAUUUGGACGAGCAGGACGACAUGUUCGAGUCAGAUAAUGAUGAGGAUGAGGAGAUCGACCUUGUGCCAGAUGCACAACUCAAUCAACCAAUAACCAGAGAGAGAUUGAUCGAGAUCAGAACACUUUGGGAUCAAUUGUGGACAUUGGUCAACAUGCUCCUCAAUCACAAGAUUCACAUUCAAUCUAGCGAUCAGUUCAGAGUACUUGGAUGCAAGCUUGGAAAUACAUUCGUUGGCAUGUAUGGCGCGACCUGUGUUACAACCUACUUGCAUACAUUGUCUCAUCAUAUAGGACAAUUUAUGGUUGACUUUGCCUGUCUCGACAGACAUAAUAACUGUGGACUUGAAGGAUGUCACUCCAUUAACAAAGAUAUUGUUUACUGCGCAUCUAAUGGCAAUAGACACUCUGGACCUGGAUCACUCCCCAGCCAGAUCCUUCUCAAUCAACAUGCGCUCAGUCAUUGUGAUACGAAUGAUCCAAUGGUCAAUCUAUCACAGCGCAUUCAUGAAUCUACCACAGAUACCAACCGACCCAGCUUCCUCAAACAUAUCAUUUAUCCUCCAACUAUUCCUGACUAUUUGGACAGUAGAUACAAUGUCAGAAUGGAGAUCGUCUCGGAGCUAGCGCCUAACAACACACUGAGGAGAGGAUCUGGUAUAGGUGGUGGCGAUGAUUUCUUCCAGAAUCAAGCGGUUGGUUCCUCCAUCAACAACAACAACAACAGAAGCAAUACAAGCAAUUACAACAUGAGCAUGUUCGAUUCCCUACCACUCCCAUGCACAAUAGCACAUACUCCAGGACCCAGUACAUCAGGACUAAGUACAUCCAAUGAUAUUGGAGGUGGCAGGAAUGACCGGAACAAUAGUAUAAGCAAACAAUCCUUUAAGAUGGUUCAUGGCGAAGGCAAUGGCAAUCUUAUUUCAUGCUUCAGGUUGGACAACCUUGAGAAAGAUAUCUUCCUUGGACGUUCACGAUAUGACAAACCGGUAGACCAACUCAAGAUAGGCCAGACUGUGACUGUUCGUUGCCCUCAACCAAUGUUCAUUGGUGCAUACUUUGCAGCCAUUGUUAUCAAUCAUCGGAGGCAAAAAGGUGCCUCUCCCAAUACAGAAACAACAACCCAAUACUGGGUAUCCUACAUAGUGGUGAAGGAGAUGAUAAUGACUGGAUAG